ACUAGAGUGAGAAACUGAGGAGAGAGAGAGAGGAAAUGUCGGGUAAAGAAGGGGAGGUGGUGUGCGUAACAGGAGGUAGUGGGUAUAUCGGUUCGUGGCUGGUCCGUCUCCUCCUCGAACGCGGCUACACCGUUCACGCCACCGUCAAAGAUCUCAAGGAUGAAAAAGAAACUAAGCAUAUCGAAGCCCUGGAAGGUGCACAAUCGCGUCUCCAUCUCUUCCAGAUCGAUCUCCUCCACUACGACUCUAUUGUCGCCGCCGUCGCUGGCGCCAACGGCGUCUUCCACCUCGCAUCUCCCUGUAUUGUCGAUCAAGUUCAUGAUCCUGAGAAGGAGCUAUUGGACCCGGCGAUUAAGGAGACCAACAAUGUACUCAAUGCGGCAAAAGAGCUGGGGGUCCGGCGAGUGGUGGUGACCUCAUCCGUAUCCGCGAUCACUCCGAGCUGGUACUGGCCAGCCGAUGUAGUCAAGGAUGAAAAUUGCUGGACAGAUAUUGAUUACUGCAAGACAAAAGGAGUGAGUCUCUUGCGUUUUCUUAGAUGCUGCACACAAAUAUAUGAGGAUGUUUUUAUGGGGUCUGACCAUGUUAAACAUGUGGCCCUAGCACACAUAUUAGUGUAUGAAAACACGUCAGCAACUGCAAGCCACUUGUGUGUGGAAGCUAUAUCUCAUUAUGGCGACUUUGCUGCAAAAGUUGCAGAACUUUGCCCUGAAUAUAAAGUGCCCAGUUAG